GCCACCUUUCAUGUGUUCUUCUUUCUCUCUCUCUCUCUCUCUCUCUCUCUGGUCCUCCUUGUUCCCAUCAAUAAAUUUCCAUUUCGAUCCAUGGCUAAUGACUUCAGUACUUAUUGAGACAGAUCUUUGUCCCUAGCAUUUCUGUUGUUUUUUUGUUUUUGUUUUCAACUUCAAGAUUUUUAAGGGUUGUUUUUGUUUUACUUUUUUCAUAAUAAUUCCGCUGCUUUUAUAUAUAUAUACCUUCCGCUGCUUUUUAUUUUUAUUUUUAUAUAGUACUCCAUACUAUUAUUAUGCUUAUAAAGUACUAUAUACUCCGGCCAGUUGCUAAUGCAUUAAUUCUUCGUUUCUUCUUCUUCUUUUGCCAUCCAAUAACAAUUUGGUCAUAUCAUUGAUCCUCCCUCGUUCAACACCAACUACAGUACUCCUCUAGUACUUCACUUCUAUAGUCUCGUUUUUCAAUUUGUCUCUCUCGCUCUCUCUGUUUUGCAAAAUAUAUAUAGAAGAUGUGCGCGAUGACGGGAUCUAUAGAAAUCGAAAGUCUCAACGAAGUAGCGUCGCGGGAUGCAGGAAACAAUGAACAACGAAAGAGAAGGGAUGUUUACGAAUUCUACCAGCAUUUUAAGCAGCGCUUGCCUUUGAGCGAGGUGGUAGAAGAGCUACUACUUCUUGGAAAGACAGCAUUCCCCACACUAUUGACAACCUUGCUAAUAGCCUCGAAAUCAAUCAUCUCCAUGCUUUUCUUGGGCCGUAUGGGAAACAUUGAGCUAGCCGGAGGCUCACUUGCGAUCGCAUUUGCAAAUAUCACUGGUUUUUCCGUCAUGAAAGGCCUUGCAAUGGCUAUGGACCCAAUUUGUUCCCAAGCCUAUGGAGCCAAGAGAUGGUCUGUUCUCGGCCAAAUGUACCUAAAAACUUUCCUCCUCCUCGUAUUCGCAUCCGUUCCCAUCUCCCUCCUAUGGCUAAACGUCGAACAUGUCUUUGCCCAGUUAGGCCAAGACCGCAUCAUAACAAAAGUUGCCAAAGAUUACCUCGUGUUUUUGCUUCCGGAGUUACUAGCCCAAGCCCAUCUUCACCCGUUACGGUCAUUUUUGAGGACCCAAAGCCUUACCUCACCGACAACCAUAGUCGCCACUUGCGCUACGAUACUACACCUUCCCAUUACGUACCUUUUCGUCACGUACUUGAGAUUAGGGGUCAAAGGAAUUGCCCUGACCUCUGUUUGUUAUGCAUUCAACAUGAACGCCGGCUUGUUGAUUUACAUCGCAAUGUCGAAAGUGGCCCUAAAACCGUGGGUUGGGGCGACCGUAAUCUCAACUUUCCAAGGCUGGGGUCCAUUGCUAAGCCUUGCGAUUCCUAGCCUAUGUUCCGUGUGUUUGGAAUGGUGGUGGUACGAAAUAAUUCUGUUUCUAGGCGGCUUAUUGAGCAAUCCACAAUCAACAGUAGGCGCCGUGGGAAUCCUCAUUCAAACAAUAGGCGCCAUCUACGUAGUUCCGUAUUCUCUCAACGUAAGCAUAUCGCAACGCGUUGGGCACGAGCUAGGGGCCGGGGCAGCCCUCCGUGCCCAAAGGGCUGCCAUAAUAGGCAUAACCAUCGGCCUUGCAUACGGACUCACGGCCUUUUGCUCGACUUUCGUGUUAAGGUCUGUUUGGGGCAAAAUAUAUACAAACGACCCCGAAACUCUUGCCUUGAUUGCAACCGCGCUCCCACUAAUAGGGCUAGCGGAAGUUGGGAACGCUCCUCAGACGGCUGCUUGCGGAGCUCUAGUGGGGUCGGCUAGGCCCAAGGUGGGAGUCCGCGUGAAUCUCACGUCAUUCUACCUCAUUGGAUUGCCGGUUGCGGUUUUGUUGGCGUUUAAAUUGAAUUUCGGGUUUUGGGGGCUGUGGUGGGGGUUGGUGGCAUCGCAGUAUUCGUGUGUGGUGAUGAUGUUGUGUACGUUAUAUCAAACGGAUUGGAAGCAUCAAACUAGGAGGGCUGAGGAGCUGACUCUGGCUGCUGGAGAGGAGGAUGUGGUAACCAAUUUGGUUGCCUGAAUUCUCAAGUCUUUCUGUUCCAGGGUUUAUCAGUACCACGGUCAAUUCAAUUCAAUUCAAUGAAAAAAAAAAAAACAUCAAAUUUUGUUCAUAGGUAUUGCAGGGGUUAUACUUCGGAAAAGUUAGAGAAAGGAAAGGAAUCCAGUACCGCUUUUAAGGUCUGUAGUUUCUCCUUGAAUCUACCAUCGUGUAACUUUUUUUUCAGUUUUUCAUCGUGGGAUUUGAAUCAUAUAAUUUUGAAAUGUGAAAUGUUAUAAA